AUGGAGUCCCUCGAUCGCAUUCUAGACGCAUUUACAGACCCGUCAACUGGGUCGUUGCAUGCUGCGGUGUUUAUUGUUGUAGACAGCUCAGGCAAAAGAAUCUACAGUCGCGCCUCCGGGAGAACAAAAACAGAUACACAAGAUGCAGAACCGUUGGGAUUCGAUGCAUUAUAUUGGGUUGCAUCCAUGACGAAGCUUGUAACUGCGGUGUCCAUUAUGCAACUUGUUGAACGGGGAGUUCUCUCAUUAGAUGAGGAUGUCCGCAAAAGGGUACCCGAGCUUGCGAAUAUACAGAUCUUGGGGGGAAUGAAACAGGGUGAUCCUCCAGGAUCGAUGCAGCCACAGCUUCGGCCGGUCCUAGGGAAGAUAACUCCUCGUUCAUCAGAUCUGCUGAAGGAGUGGUCGAAGUCGGUGGGUCGAUCGGCACACACAUUCACAGGAAGCAUAGAAGGAUAUAAACACCCCCUUCUCUUCGAGCCAGGAACCUCAUGGGGAUACGGAGCCGGUUUAGACUGGGCUGGUCGCCUGAUCGAAAAUGUCUGCAAUUGUUCACUCGAGGAAUACAUGCAAAAGAAUAUCUGGUCCAAACUCGGAGUAACAUCAACAACCUUCCAUCCAGAGUUAUACCCAGAUACGCUCCCGCCGAAACUAGAAAUGGCAAACCGGAUAAGUGUUGGCCAGGGAACAAAAUCUAUUAAAGCCGGCCCAGUCAUUCUGGGACAACCACUGAAAGACGAUCUAGGAGGUAUUGGGCUUUGGAGUACACCAAACGACUAUAUUAAACUUCUAACUACUCUGCUGAGAGGUGGACAGCCGUUAUUGACGAAAGAUAGCUUAGAAAUACUGUUUCAACCACAGCUUAGUGAUGCGUCCCGGGCUGCAAUGCCGCUGCCCCUUGGGAGCCGUAUGCGAACUAUUCUCGGGAUAAAAUCAGUUGAUGAUAUCGACCAGGCUGAUCAUUGUUUGGCUGGGACGGUAACGUUGAAGGACAUUCCCGGUCGUCGGCCAUGUGGGACAGUUAGCUGGAGUGGGCUGCCAAAUCUACAUUGGUGGAUCGACCAAAAAACGGACAUUACAGCUGCACUAUUCACUCAGCUGCUGCCACCUGGGGAUGCGGCGGUGACUGGUUUGUUGAUCGACUUGGAAACGGCACUCUACAAAGCUCUACGGGAAAAGGAGCAUGUUGGCCCCAAGGGCAAGUUGUAG